GGCCAAUGACCGCUAAUGACCGCAACGGUGCCGCGGCGGUGAAAUUGCACUGGCUUGAAGCCUACACAGGCAAAGUAUAAAGUCGACGCUCUGGCGAGCCGACCGAAAUCGUGCGCUGCAGUAUCAGCCCGCCAUGCGUAUGACUAGCCUCACACCGCGUUCAUUCGGCUCAUUCUUCAUUGGGACGACAAUUGCAACUGCUCUGUACGGCUGUGUGUGUGCUCAGCUCAUAUAUUACCUCAAGCGAUACUCCGAUAGAGACGGAAAGAUCAUGCGAAGUCUGAUAAUAUCUCUCUGUGCUCUGGAUACAUUGUCGAUCAUACUGAGUGUGGACGGAAGCUGGUAUUACACGGUUCAGAAUCAUGGCAAGAUGCCCAUAUCCGCAAUGCCAAGAUCGUCCCCGUUAGAACAUCUCAACGCAGCCGCUGUUACAUUUCUUGUACGGAGUUUCGACCUCUUCACGCUGUGGAAGCUGUCCGCGCGGCGACGGCACAGGGUUCCGCUGAUCGUGACGAAUACUGCGUUGUCGGUGAUCGCGUUUGGCUCCUCGCUUUCGAUGCUAGGUUAUGAGUCUCAGAUGGUCCGUGAUCUAUGGCAGAUGCUGCAAGAACCGAAGAUGCAAAUAUCGAUACAAACCCUAACGGCCUGCAUAGCGAACCUCAGCGUCUGCGCAUCUAUCUGCUGGGUCGUACGCGCUGAGAGUGCCAAGCUCGCAGCGAAUUCGAUCAUGCGGUCGACUGUCCGGAGGUACACCUUAUACACGGUCCUCCGUAACCUGCUUGCUGCUCUAGUUGAAUUAUUCGCUUUUAUGACGUACAUCAAAUGGAGAGACGGCGACUCUUAUUAUUGGACCAUGCUUCAUAUACCGUCUAGCAAAGUAUACGUGAAUUCUGUCCUCGCUAUGCUGAACGCUCGAAAUUCAUUGGCCGAGUACGGUCAAGAUAGGUCAACAUGUCCUGAUGAGAGCAUCGUGUUUGCGACUAUCAUUACCCUGGUUCCGAGGGAUAUAACCGACGAGUCUGUCUGAGAAGUUGCUGUGUUCGGUCGCCUUCAGCCUGCAUUAGGUAAACUGACGAUGUGCCGUCACGCUCGGCCAUUUAGGCCACCGCGACAUCACUGGCACAUCGCAGUGACACCUCUGAUCCUACUCAGUAGUGCCACAUAAUAUUGGCACUGGCCUGUCAUGGACGGAGCACAGUCCGAGUUGCCUACUACUCUAAACUCCCUCGCGUGAGCAACGAAGGAACCACCGGGCGGCACGCGGCUACUCGUAUAUCGCCUCAAGACGCAUACGAAUAGAGGACACGAUGGCAGUGGUUCCGAAGCAUAUCUGAUUACCGUC